CCUCACUGUUUUGAGCAAAACCCUAACCCUAAUUCUAAUCAGCUGUUAAAUUCUGUUGAUGUUUCAUCCAUGGAAACUGCCACAGCCACCCCCACAACCACCGGCAUCGCCGCCGCCACAGUUAAAACCCCAGAACCAGAAACCGAAGCUCCGACCCGGGUGCAACCCACCAAGCCUUUAUCCUCCACCAACGGCGUACUCAAGCGCCACCACCACCCUCUCCACCACAACCACCACCUGAAUGGCCCACCGCCGCCACCUGCAGUGGCUGCUUACAAGGAAUGUCUCAAGAACCACGCUGCCUCUCUGGGCGGCCAUGCUGUCGACGGCUGCGGCGAGUUCAUGCCCUCCCCCACCUCCAUUUCCACCGAUCCCACCUCGCUAAAAUGCGCCGCCUGCGGCUGCCAUCACAAUUUCCACCGCCGUGAGCCGGAAGACCCACCAACACCCUCCACCGCCCAACACGUCAUCGAAUACCAACUGCAGCACCGCCACCACCCUCCGGUGCUACCACGCAGUCUAAAUUUAGCAUCUCCGCCGCCGAUCUCCUCCGCCUACUAUCCAUUAGCACCCCACAUGCUCCUCGCUCUCAGUGCGGGGUUAUCGGGGCAAGUACCGGCGGAAAACAGACCAGUAAAUUCAUCCGGGAAGGGUAACCCAAAUGGGCGGAAGAAACAUAGAAUGAAAUUCACGCAGGAUCAGAAGGAGAGGAUGCUGGAAUUUGCGGAGAGAGUUGGGUGGAAGACGCAGAAAAAGGACGAUGAAGUAAUCGCCGAGU